UGCCCCCAUACAUACCAUUUUAACCACUGAUUAUCAUCAGUUGUAUGUUUGUGCAUAUUGAGUGAAAUUUGCACGCGAUAACUACUAGAUCAGUGUGCUGGUGGCGCCAUGUCUCUAGCAUUUGAUGAAUAUGGGCGACCCUUCAUCAUUCUUAGGGAGCAAGAGAAGAAGUCCCGCGUCAAGGGGAUAGAAGCGGUAAAAUCAAGCAUUAUGGCUGCGAAGUCGGUGGCUCGGACGCUGCGUUCCAGCUUGGGACCUAAGGGCAUGGACAAGAUGCUCCAGAGCCCUGACGGCGACGUGACGAUUACUAACGACGGCGCUACGAUCUUGGAAAUGAUGGAGGUGGAGAACCAGAUCGGAAAGCUCAUGGUGGAGCUAUCUAAGUCACAGGACCAUGAGAUCGGUGAUGGCACCACGGGAGUCGUGGUGCUAGCUGGCGCCCUGCUGGAGCAUGCGGAGUCCCUACUAGACAUGGGCAUGCACCCGCUGCGCAUUGCAGAGGGCUACGAAAUGGCCUGCAAGGUUGCAACGGAGAACCUCGAUAAAAUUAAGACGCGGUUUGACUUCAGCCGGGAGGACAUUGAGCCGCUCGUCAAGACGUGCAUGACCACCCUGUCUUCCAAAGUUCGCCUCCCCUCCAGCGUGGGUCGUCUGAAGCGGCAGAUGGCCGAGAUCUGCGUGAAGGCGGUGCUGGCGGUGGCGGACCUGGAGCGGCGGGACGUCAACCUGGACCUCAUCAAGGUCGAGGGCAAGGUGGGCGGCAAGAUGGAGGACACGCGGCUGGUGGAGGGCAUCGUGGUGGACAAGGAGUUCAGCCACCCGCAGAUGCCCAAGGAGCUGAAGGACGUCAAGGUGGCCAUCCUGACCUGCCCCUUCGAGCCGCCCAAGCCCAAGACCAAGCAUAAGGUUGACAUUGACACGGUUGAGAAGUUCGAGGCUCUACGCGAGGCGGAGCGCAGCUACUUCACCGACAUGGUGCAGCGCUGCAAGGACAGCGGCGCGGGGCUGGUGAUCUGCCAGUGGGGCUUUGAUGACGAGGCCAACCACCUGCUCAUGCACCAGGACCUGCCCGCCGUGCGGUGGGUGGGUGGUGUGGAGAUCGAGCUGCUUGCCAUGGCCACCGGGGCGCGCAUCGUGCCGCGAUUCCAGGAGCUGUCGGCCGACAAGCUGGGGCACGCGGGGAGCGUCAAGGAGGUUGGUUUCGGCACCACCAAGGACAAGAUGCUCGUCAUCGAGGGCUGCCCCAACCUCAAGGCCGUCACCGUGUUUGUGCGUGGCGGCAACCGAAUGGUGCUCGACGAGAUCAAGCGCUCACUGCAUGACGCCAUCUGCGUGGCCAGGAACCUGGUGCGCGACAACGCGAUUGUGUACGGUGGCGGCGCCGCCGAGAUCAGCUGCGCGCUGUCGGUGGAGGAGGCCGCGGACGGGGUGACGGGGGUGGAGCACUACGCCAUGCGGGCCUUUGCGGAUGCGCUGCAGGCCGUCCCGCUGGCCCUGGCUGAGAACAGCGGCCUGCCGCCCAUUGAGAGCCUGACCGCCGUUAAGAAGCGGCAACUGGAGGAGGCCAACCCCUACCUGGGCAUCGACUGCAACGAUACGGGCACCAACGACAUGCGGGAGCAGAACGUGUUCGAGACGGUCAUCGGGAAGAAGCAGCAGCUCUUCCUGGCCACGCAGGUGUGCAAGAUGAUCCUGAAGAUCGAUGACGUAAUCAAGCCCUCCGACUUCGAGUGAGUGCCCAGCGCAAGCAAGCGUACGGCGCUCCGGGAGGACGCUGCAAAUAGGAAAUUUGCAAAAAGGGGCGGCAUUGGCUCGGUGUGCUAGCAGGAGCGACGUCAGCUGGUUAAAGACUGCAACCCGCGCUUCAAUUGUGUGUAUAUUUCUUUUGGGGAAAAUGUCCGGCAACGGGUGUGGGUGCUCUUGCGAGGUGUGGCUUCAGGGCUCGGCUGCUUCUGCUGUCCGUGUGUGAUAGGAUACGUAGGCACGUAGCCGCCGUUUAUGGGGAAAGACGUUCGUACCUACGUUGUUUGGUUACCCGUAUGUUGCAAGUGAUCUGCUGGCGGCAGGAUGUAACCCUGAGGGUCGCUGCUUACCCCCUUAGCCUUGGCCGAAUCAAGGGCAGAUGCAGCGGGGGUCAUGCAACUUUGCUUCGAGUGGGCACGAGUGAAAACAGGAGCGAGGAGGAUUGGGGAUAGCUCCUUGCAUGCUAGGCGCUUUGCUGGUUGUGCGUGUGCAAGCACUGGUUGCGCGGAGGAGGAAGACGUUUAAAGGCCCGGUGCGGAGGCCUUUUAGGAGGGCAUGCAGGUUGAGUGGGAGCAACAAGAGACCGCGAUGCUAAAAAACCGGGGUUUUCCUCGGACUCUUGCGCCAAUGCGCAACACCUCAUUCGAAACACCCCGCUUGUUUCAUUUUACGGGACUCCCGCACGUGUACGGAAACCCUGACGCGCGCGUGUGUAAUGGAACGCCUUCGGUG